GCAGGAUGGAUUGUGUGGGCACAACGACUUGAGGAAACCAAAAUACUGAAUCUGGAACUGACAGCCGUGAAAGGUGUUACUGGUGCUGUCCUUGAGCAUUUUGAACAAGUCGAAAGCUCGGUGCUAUUGCGUGUUUCACGGAUCUAUAGUCUCACCAAUGCAGGCAUCAAUGCUUUUCGUAUCAUUGAAGGAUCUAGUAAAAAGAUUGAAGUCGUGGGGUGUUCAGGAUUAUCUCGGACAGAUGAUCUUCAUCCAGGAUUGAUGGAAAGGCAGCACGAUGUGGAUCUGGUCGGCAGCGAGUCUGGUGCCCUUUCAAACCUGAGCGAAAGCACAGACUAA